AGGAUCCGCAAUUAGCUGAUAGGUCACAGAAUAUUCUUUAUACAAUGGUAUUACAUAUAUGCGCUCAAAACGCCUCAGAAUCCAUUCCACUUGGAUUUAAAAUUAUAACGCUCUGGACAAGUGGAACGGAAAAGAUCGUAGUGAUGAACGUAGUUGUCGUGAGUGCUUAGUGGAAUGCACCCUAUUGAUCAAAUAUAUACUGGGUUAUGUUUUGCGUGUAUAUAAUCCAAAGAUUAUAUACUCGAUAUAUGAUAUAAUCUUUGAUGUUUUGUAAUACAAAUAAUAAUAAUGAUGUAUGGUUAAGUUUAUUUCGUAAUUCAUUUAAUUAUUUUACAAUAUGGUAUUCAUUUGCUUGGUAUAUGAAAUUGAUUUGAUAUUGAUUGAUUGAUUGAUAAUCUAAAUAUGAAACCUUGUGAUGUUAUAGAAUUACAGAAAAGCAGAAGGAAAGAUGCAUCCUUUGUUAUAGAUUACAUAAAUGUCGGACGAGGAUGUCUGAAAAAUCCUCCAAAUACAGAUAAUCAAUUUAUAAUUAAUAAAUCCGAGUUUGUUGUAUGGAGAAUUAUUGAAAAUGAAUUUUUAGCAAUUGACAAUGCAGUUUUUCACAAUGCAGAAACAAAUCUUAUACGAUGGACGUUUGAACAUAAAGAUGAGAAGGACGAGUUUAAAGAAUCAACAAUAUUUUUCUUUUGGAAGGGUUCAAAAGCCGUUAAAAGUGAUUCUCCUUUACCCCCAAAUUUUGAUAACGAUAAAUCUAUUGUUCAUCGUAUAAUUCAAUGGAGUGAACCAGCGAUUUUUUUUCAAAUUUUUCCAAAGCCUAUUGUCGUAUUUGAUGGAAAAUAUUCUGAUUUUAAUCCCAAUGUUGAACAUAUGUUUAUUGUUCGUGGUGAACUGAAAGAAGAAAUACAUUUGUAUGAAUUACCUUUUAUAAAAAAAAAUUUAAGAAGCAGAGCCAUUUUUAUUAUAAUAGAUCCUCAAAAACGCACAAUAUUUAUUUGGAAAGGCUUGAAAAUCCUGAAAGAGCAAGAGACUACAUUGAAAGAAUCAAAUGUAUUGGAAACGUUAAAAGAAUAUGUAAAUCAUUGGAAAAGUUUCAAAUGCUUACAAAUCAAGGAACACGAAGAAGAUGAUAUAUUCAUAGGAGAUAUUAGUACAUACUGGCAUUAUGAAAAAAACUGUAAUUAUUCUCCCAGAUUAUUUUUUCUUAAUUCUAUAACAGGGAAAUUCUUAGCCACGGAAGUAGAAUAUUCUCUUGGUAGUAAAAAUUAUGUAGCACCUUUCCCAUUUUUACAGUCACAUUUAUUUAUGACAGAUAUUCAACCAGGUCUAUUUUUGUUAGACAAUAAUAGUGAUAUCUGGUUAAUCUCAAGUGGUCUUACACCUUCUGAAGAAUUAAACGCACUAGCUGUGGAGACUGCCGAAAACUAUGUUAAAGAAAAAGAAAGACAGUUUAAUAUUCGCGUAUCUUUGAAAUUUGUUAAAUUAGGCGCAGAGCCUAUCGAAUUUACAAAUUUAUUUCCUUAUUGGAAUUGACAAAUAAAAUAUAUGUAUAUUGA